AUGUUCAUUUUUCCUGGCAAGAAAUACAAAGAUUAUUUUCUAUCAAAUGGACCAUCAGAUAGUAUAGGUAUAGGUAACGCCAGUGGUUGGGCGACUAAUGACGAAUUUCUUGCGUUCAUGAAGCAUUUCAUCAAACAUGUAAAGCCCUCAGUGGAAGAUCCAUUAUUAAUGUUGUUAGAUAAUCAUUCAUCCCAUCUCGCAAUUGAAACAAUAAAUUUUGCCAAAAAUAAUGGAAUUAUUAUGUUAUCUUUUCUACCACACUGCAGUCACAGAUUACAGCCGCUUGAUGUUUCCAUUUUUGGACCUUUCAAAAAAUAUGUUGCAAAUGCUCAAGACGGAUGGUUACGUAGCAAUGCAGGCAAGACGAUGACUAUAUGUGACAUACCUAAAAUAGUUGCUGAAACACUUCCAUUAGCUACUACAUCUCUUAACAUUAUACAUGGAUUUAAAAAGACUGGAAUAUUUCCCUACAAUAGGAAAAUUUUUACUGAUAUCGACUUUGCCCCUUCAUAUGUCACUGACCGCCCUGAAGAAUCACAAUUAAGCGUGCAAGCAGUAGAAAAAGAAAAUGUAUCUCCAAAUUAUAACAGUCCUUCUACGUCCACAGACAAUACUAUGCCUUUUAUGUACGAAAAAAAUAUCGAGUUUUCACCUGAAAUCGUCAAGCCUUUUCCAAAAGCUGGUCCGAGAAAACAGACUCAAGUCAAGAGGAAAAAAAGAAGCGCAGCAAUUUUAACCUCUACCCCCGAAAAAAAUAUUCUUACUGCAGAGCAGAACCAAAAGGAAAAGAUGAAAGAUGAUGUAAAAAAGAAAAAA